AUGGCCCAAUUGGCCGCAGAUAUUCAUCUUCCUGCGCGCAGUCCCCUUCUAACAGGACGCGAACUCGAUAAGCUCAACCUCGUCUCCUUUAGUGCCGACGGCUACCAAGCUAACCUCACUAUCACCACCGUAAUAAGCUUGGAUUAUUCUCUCGAAAACAAUCGCUGGCCACUGAAACAAUUCAAGCCAGGCAAUCGAACAAGAUCGGGCGUCGCCCCAGCAUUCUCCAGGCGAGCCAUGUUUGAGUGCAACACCCACAAUGAUCAGGAGACUACCGGUACUGUUACGGUCCACUUCAUUCCUCUGUUUGCCCUUCCCUUGGCCGAAGCUUGGUCGAGGUUGGAUGGGCAUGUCGGCAUCGCCAAGGGAGGAUUCGUCUCGAUGCAAUGGGAAAUUGAAGUCGGUCAAGGAAGUUCAGAAGACGGGACGGGACGGGACGGGACGUAG